AGUCGAAUAGAUGUCUCGGCAAAAAACAGAUUUCUUGGCCCAAUACCGGGAGGAAGAUGAGUCUCUAGACGAAACUCUACUACAAGAAACCGCUGGUGAACAGAAAACCACUCGCAAGACGGCAAAUUCUGCGGAGAUCUCUGGACACUCUAGCCCCCGUGUAAGUGCGGACUUGGCCGACACCUUCAACCUGUUCAAGUCAUACCUGGACAACAAACUAGAUACUCUCAAGGAGGAACUCUCUACGGGUAACGACAUCGAAAAUUUAACAAAAACCAUUAAAAAAGAGGUCUCUGUAAAAUUCAAGAGUGAAGGGAACAAAAUUCAGUUUAACUUUAAUACUGAAAUAUUGGGUGAUUUGAAUAAACUUAAAAAGCGCAUUUCAGAUUCUUCCACUUUGAGCAUCGUUAGAGAGCUCAUUUCCAAGGUUACUAAGCGUAACAAGCUCAUCAGGAUUGCCGAUAAAUCUCCGGCCGGGUGGUCGACAGUCCGUGAGUAUGAAAGUGAUGAUUUGGCCUCCGACUCUGAGGACGAAAAACGUCUACGUCAAGCUGAAAACCGAGCAUUACGAGCUAUCAAGGAAAAACGCCGUUUUCAGCCAUACUCCAAGUCUGGUUCUGCAACAACUUCGCUACCUGAUGGUAGGUCUGGUGGUUCUGGCCGUAAUUUUCGUCCCUACAAGCGUAAGGAGGCCUCUCCAUACGACGUGUGCUACAACUGCCAUAAGCUCGGCCAUUGGAAAUCCGCAUGCACUGCCCCAGCCAGAACCAACAACCCAAGCACAAGCUCGUCAACCCAGUGAUUAUGAGAAUCAGUAUGUAUAUUUCGUUGAUGAAUCUAUUUUUACUGAUCAGUUUGAAUCAUUUGUACAGCAAGUAAAUUAUUUUAAAAAUUUACCUGAUAUUGGUAAAGGGGUGAAAGGCAGUUUACGCAAACAUUUUGAGUUUUGGAAGUCCAUAAGCACUAAUGAGUUCAUAUUAGAUACUAUCAAAAAUGGUUAUGUUAUUCCUUUUGUUACAGUACCGCCACGCAUGAGACUGAAUAAUAACAAAUCUGCAAUGA